UUAAGAAUGUGUAUUUUAAUGGACUUCAUUUUUGAGGAUACUUGUGGAUCCAUUGUAUUCACAUGUUCAUUCUUAAUAAUUUAUUAUAAUUUAAUUUUAUGUAUGUAAAUAUUUUGGUUCAGUCCUAUAAAUAUGUUAUAUUCUUAAAUAAUCAAUAAUAUUAUGCAACCCAAAAUAGUACCUUCAAAAUUGUCUAAGAAACGAUAUAUGCAAAUCAAAUUUAAUUUAGGUGUGACCAUGUCAUAUUAAAUUUGAAUCUACACUAUACAUUUAUUUUCAAAUAGCAUAGUCAAAUGAAUCACGAGGAGUUAAUCAAAUGGUGAAGAUUUGAAUGUUAGAUAUGAAGUCUUCAGUUUGAGUCCUUUCAAAGGACCAUUAAAGAUUUAUCCAAUUGUUAACUUUAAGAUUUUGAAAUUAGACGAGUACAUUCAAAUUAACCCAGACACUCAAUUAUAAAAUAAAAUAAAAAUAAAAAAUGAAUAGCCAACUAACAACCUUGCCUAAUUUAACUCCAGAUUUGGCAAAAAUAAAUUGUAACAAGUGAAAAAUUACCUUAACUUUUCCGAUUAGGCAUCUCUAAUUUAGCUCUAAACCUUUGAAAUGAUCAACGCAAUACUCUGUCUCAAUUUGUUUGUCUAUUUUAAUAUUUUAGAUAUCUCAAAAAAUUAUUUAUAUAUUUUAAUUUAUUCUUUUUUUUUAACGAUUUUGAAGACAUUAUCAACAUCUAAUUGAUAUAUUUUAAUUUGUAAAAAAAAAUGUAAAUUUUUUAUUUUAAAAAAUAUAUUAUUUAUUUAAAGAACACGAAUAUACAAAAUAGGCAAUCAAAUUAGAAUAGAGAGAGUAUAUGCUAUGAUGAUAUGGAAGACGAGAAGAACGGAAGCACAAGGCCGCAAACUAACGAUGCUUUAAUAUUGUGCACGUGUGAGUUGUGACACUGAGCCUCCGUUUGGGAAGUGGGUUAACUUUUUCGCUUUUUAAUUUUUUGGUUAUUUUAAUCUGAGACUAAAAAGCCUGGUUUAAGAAGGACUUUUUGACUUUUUUGACUUUUUUUGUGAAAGAGAAGUAUAAUGAUUAUGAGUUGGAUUUGAUAUUUUAUUUUUUGUGACUAUUUUAGUCCCUAACCCACCAAAACCAACUUCCCAAACAACGUUCCCAUUAAUUUUCUUUAAAGACAAACACAGGACAUGCAAAAGAAAGUCAAAGAGUUCCAAAGCCAUCGCAUUGAUCAUCCAGGUGCAUUGGAUACCAACUUCGGUCUCCAUCGAAGGUUCUUCAACACGUGGCAUAAUUCCCCCAACAGGAUCUUCCACGUGGCAACUUAUGAGCCGUCCUUUUUGCAAAACCUAGGACUCCAUUUUUUCACCCAUAUAAAAUGACACAUACUUAGCAUACUUUGUCAUAUGUGAAAAGAAUUUAAAAACCAUGGAAGAGGACUUCAAGAGUAAGGAUGAGAAAGGAGGAGAUGUCAAGUAUAGAGGUGUUCGGAGGCGACCAUGGGGAAAGUUUGCUGCUGAAAUACGUGACUCAGCCAGACACGGAGCACGUGUCUGGCUAGGAACGUUUAACACGGCAGAGGAGGCGGCUAGGGCCUAUGACCGAGCCGCCUAUGCCAUGAGGGGUCAUUUAUCCAUUCUUAAUUUUCCUGAGGAAUACAACUUACCAAGAGGUGGAUCCUCCGCUAUGUCUUCAUCUUCUUCUUCAUCAUCAUCAUCAUCAUCAUCGUCAUCAUCAUCGUCUUCAGCAACAUGUACGAGUGAGCAUGGAAAGCAAGUGUUUGAAUUUGAGUACUAUGAUGACAAAUUGUUGGAGGAGCUUCUUGAAAGUGGAGAGAAAAAGAACAAGAGACAGUGAGGUUUGUGGUCAUUCAGGCCUUAAGAGUUCCUACCGACAUAAGUUUUCUUAUCAAUCCUUUCUUUCUCUCUCUUAUGUUAUUUUUCAAAUUUGCUAAGUGGAUAUAAUGUAUGAGGAUAAGAUUGGAGUACAAUGUUGAUAUUGUUCUAUUUAUAGUUAAUAAAUAUUGGAAUAUAAAAUCGGACACAAA